ACAAAUUUGGUCUUCAGUCAAUUCUUUUCUACCUAAAACCUCAACUCUUUAUUUUAUAUCUAAAUUUUUGUGUGGAGAGAUUUAAAAUGAAAUUAGAACAUAAAGUGAUUCUACAAGUUCAAUCAUAAAAAGAUAAUGAAUAAUUCAUAAAUCAUUUCAAAAGAAUAGAAGGUACGAGGAUUAGGAUUUGAAUAGGAAAAAAAUAAAUUUUGUUGAAUUUUUGUUAAAUGUGAUAUUUUAGUUAAACCUAAUAAUAGUAAAAGUAUAAAAGUUUGCUAUCUAAUAAACUUUAUAAAGAAAUUGAAAUCACAAUCACCCCAAAAUUCAAAUUAUGUGCGGUUUAUUCUUAUGUAGUUGACAUUAAGUUAAACAUUAUUGAAACCAAAUCUUAAUUGUUGAGAAAAAUAUGCAUACAUUGAUGACGCCAAGAACUGCAUUUUAUGAACAUUGAAGCUUUCACCAUCUACUAAUCAAUUUUAUGAAGGUAACUGAUCUACCAACUGCCAACUAGUUUCUCCCAAUUGAAAGAUGAACUCUUCCCUACACCAACUAAUAACUGCUACCUGAGGGAAUAUCCUUUAUUUAGAGCUUUCCAUCGAUUCAAUUUAAUAUGUUAGAUACCAUUUUCACAAGAGUUAUUGUAAUUCUGUUUAUGAAGCAGCUUUAUGGAGCAAAUGAUUGGAAAGCAGAAACCAUUAUAGUUGUCCCUUUAACCAAAUGGGUUUCCUUAAUAGAGCCAAAUUCACAGUGAUCAAAAGUAUGCCAAAGCAAGUGCAUAAGGCAUCUUGUCCUCAUCUAUUCACUUGCACAAGGGCCACAAGGCAUUGCUUAUCCAAAACCAAUAGAGGGGUAGUUUAGUCAUUUCCUGGGGAAUAAAAUCAGCAAUUUUAAGAAUUAAAAUUUGAAUCAAGUCAUGAAACACACCCAUAUUUCAAAAGUACUAAAACUUCAUGUUAGAAAAUGCUCAAGAACAAAGGGCCCCAAAACCACCUGUUAGUGCUAGUCAGCGUCAAACACUUAUCUAUGCCUGUUUCAAAUUUCAUCAGCUGCCGUAGCCAAACCACACUUAAGAAUAAACAAAAAGAAAAACCCACAUCAAACCAAACCAAACCAAGAGGGGAGAAUCUCUCUGGUUGUUUGGGUUUCAAGCCUUCCUUCCUCCUUUCUUUCCUUCGUCAACUUGAUCACAGGAAAAACAAAAACCCUGUAUGAACUUCCUCACAAGGAAAAGAAAACCACAACAACGUUUCUUUUCUUCCGGUGCUUGAACUCCACAAAGCCAAGGAAGGAAACAUAAAAACCAAUAUCCCUUAUUCCAACUUGUUAAGCCUGUGGUUCCUUGGAAUAUGGUUCAAAGAAAAGUGCCUAGCAAGCUUGGUAUCGAAGCAGAACAUGUUAAAUCAGAUAAGCACUUGGCAAACCUGAAGCUAUCUUCAUCUCAGCACCAAGAUGGCAGAAGUAGAGGAGCUGAUAUGAAGAAGAAAAUGAAGAAGUCAAGGCCAAUCAAGCUUUCUGAUCUUGAGUCUCUUCAGUCAUCCUCACCUUCAAGGAGAAGCUUAUCUCAACCAGGAAAGCCACCACCUCUUCAUGUUCCAUCAGCAUCACCCCAGAAGCAGCAACCUUUGUUCAGAACAACAGAUGGUUCACCCAAUUACAUGAAGCCCACAAGUAGUUCACAUGCAAAAAAGGAGCUUUUCCCUGUUAGCCACAGGAACACUCAAUCAGGUUCUGAUUUUAAGAAUCCUGCUAGAAAAUUUUCCAGUGAUUCAAAAGCUGCCUGUGUUAAAAAACUUGCAAAAACAUUGACGAGGUCAACUAGUUUAAGUUUGGUGAGAACAUUGACAAAAACUACUAGUUUCAAGGCCUCCAGAGCUUGUCCUAGAAAAUCCACCAGAGCUUCUCUGUGUACACCACAGAGAGCCACUUGUUCUUCAACUUUGAAGGACUCAAAGUUCCCUGCAUACCUCAUGCUUAACCCUGAGGGAACUGAGUCUGAGGGAACUUCAGUCAUGAAGGUUUGCCCUUACACAUACUGUUCCCUCAAUGGUCAUCAUCAUGCUGAUUCGCCACCACUGAAGAGCUUCAUGUCAUCAAGGAGACGCCUUUUGAAGAUGCAGAAGCGCACGAAGCUUCAAGCUACGAGCCCUCGGAGUCUAAUGGUUCCUCUUGAGACAGAGAAGGAGGACUCUGAUGUUGAGCAGAAUGUCUUUGAUGCAAAAGCUCCAUCUGAUGAAAUUGGCUGUGAUGUCUUCAUUGAAAUCUAUGCUAAUGAAAGGGUUUCAAAACCAACAGCAGCAGAAGGAAUGGGGAAAGUAGAUUUUCUCAAAGAGAUUGAGGAUCAAGAAGAUCUCAAGUCUACAAUUGAGGAUAAUGACAUAGCAACAAAUGAAGAGGGUGUCACGCGAGAUAUUACUCUAAGCUUUGAAACUGAGAUUGAUCUUGAGGACGAUAUAAAAAAAUCCUUUGAUGACGUUGAAACUAAAGGAGACACCAAAGGGAGCUUUUCUCUCCAAGAACAAAAUACAGAAGAGGCAGAUGAAGAUCACCAACCUAUUCUCUUGUCUCAUGAAGAAAUUAGCAUGGGAAGCUACUGCAGUGAUGACGAACAACACAUGGGGGACGUUGACAUGGAUGAUUCUGAUUCCAAAUCCUAUGAUAUGGAGUGGGAGAAGGAGAGAGUAUGCAAAUUUGAACAUGAGGAGGAUGCUGAUUCUUCUGUGUAUACAGCGGAGGACAAUGACUCAAGUGUUGAGUUCUCAUCCGAGAGUUCUCAUGAUAUGUCAGUGACAUGGUUAGAUGAUAUUCUUAUAAACUAUUAUGAGCACUUUCUGGUUGAUGAAACCAAUUCAGAAGAAAGCACAUAUUUUGAAGAACAACCUGAUGGCAUUGUUUCUGUCCCGGAAGACCCAGUUGGAAUCACUGAGACUGAAGAACUUGGGUACUCUUCCACAGGUAUUAUGGGUUGUGACCAAUCUUCCGUAACAGAUGAAAUACAAAUGGAUGAUGAGACUAUUGACAGUAGCCAGUGUCAAAAGAUGUGUGAAAUUUGCAAGAUUGAUGAGGCAAAUGAAGAUGGAUACUUAAGUAGCAUAGAGAACGAGAACAAGGAUGAGAGCAACAAAGAGGAGAACCAAAUUCACUUCCUUGAUGUGUCUGAAGAAAGUAACAUGGCAGAUCAUGAGCAGGAAAUGCUGAAAGAAGAUCAAAGCAAAGCCAAAAGGCUCCAAAGCACAAGUUGCAUAGGUGGAGAAGAACAAAACACAAGCAGGAAAUGCAAAGUUGCUAUUAGAAGGAAAAGGAAUGUUGAAGAUGAUGAUGAAAUGAGAAAGUUCAACCCAAAAGAGCCAAAUUUCCUGCCCUUGGUUCCUGAGCCAGAACCAGAAAAGGUUGACCUGAGGCAUCAAAUGAUGGAUGAGAGAAAGAAUGGUGAGCAAUGGAUGCUUGAUUGUGCACUGAGAGAAGUUGUCACCAAACUUGCUCCAGCUAGGAAGAAGAAGGUGGCACUACUAGUUGAAGCUUUUGAGACGGUGAUGCCAGUACCCAAAUGUGAAACCCAAGUGAGAAACGAUGAUUCAUUUGCUCAUGCAGGAAGAAUUCAAGCUUGUAGCUGAUACAUGCUGCUGAGUCCACUGGUAAUGGUAAACCAAGUUGAAGUGUUAUCAUAUGUAUGGGAGCAUAACCAAUCUCCAGGAGGCAAUGAGGAUGCCCAUUACAACAAGUAAUUUAUUGGGCAGCUUCAAGGACUUGUAAUCUUUAAAUGCUGAUUGAAGCACCAGAAGGGGAGUUUAUGGUUCUUAUUUAGCUGUAUGGGUUUGCUUUAGUGAACUUUAGCUAUGUGUUUACUUUGUUAUGUUUGUAUUUGACGCACUAAUAUAUUUGUGCUAUAAAGAUUAUCCAUGUCUACGGAAUCCGGAUUCUGUUAAAUCACUAUCCUUGUUUGUACGAUGAUGAGUAAACAUAACUAUUAUUUAUCAUAUAAUGUUCUUUUUCCUUUUAUCAUCAGAAAUUAUAAAAAGACAAAUACUGUCCAGUGUCUUUUAAG